CUGACUUCUUACUUUGAGUUUUCUGUUUGUUUUUAUUAUGGCGUGUAAAGCUAUGCAUCAGUUGCCGCUCCUCGUAUUUGGGUUGCUGACUUUCAAUGUCGUUUCUGCGGCAUUCGGUUCCAGGCGGCUUGGCUUUCCUUCUAAAGUCCACAAGGCUGUUGUUAUACAGAAAGAGAGUUUAGUCCAGCAAAGAGCGGGAUCGCCCGAAACGGUAUCUGCACAAUGCACUGAGUGGAACGUUAUCGUCACUAUCAAUCCUGAUCUGCUAGGUAUUCAGCAUCCUGUCCAGGCGUCCGAUUUGUCAGUAGGGGGAUGUGGAGUGACAAGCCAAACGACCACUGCCUUUGUAAUCGAAGCUCCGUUACAGGGAUGUGGCAGCACCGUUACGAUGCUUGCUGAUGAAAUAGUGUACACCUUCACCCUUGACUACAAUCCCUCUCCUAUUCCUGGAAUUCCCAUUAUACGAACCAACCCAGCUGUGGUGCAGAUUGAAUGCCAUUACCCCAGAAACCACAAUGUCAGCAGUAAUGCAUUGAAUCCCACUUGGGUCCCAUAUACCUCCACCAUAUCUGCUCAGGAUGUUCUUGGAUUCUCUUUGAUUAUAAUGAACAGUGACUGGAGUGGACCAAGUUCCUCCAAGAUCAUCUACCUAGGUGACCUCAUCAACCUGCAGGCAUCAGUCGACAGCACUAACCAUGUGCCUCUGCAGCUCUUUGUGGACAACUGUGUGGCUUCAUCUGUUUCAGAUGGUUCUGCCCCAACAUACACCUUCAUUGGCAAUAAUGGGUGCUUUACAGACAGCAAAGUGACUGGGUCCAAUUCCCAGUUCAUAACUCCCAGGGUUGCUCCAUCUACCCUCCAGUUUGAACUUGAUGCCUUCAGGUUCUAUGGUGUGGCUACAAGCUCAGUCUUCAUUACCUGUCAUCUGAAGGUGACUUUGGUUUCCCAGGCCAUUGACUCCUUGAACAAGGCCUGCACCUACAGAACUGGACUAAGCCAGUGGACCUCUGUAGAUGGCAAUAACCAGGUAUGUAGUUGCUGUGAUGCAAAUUGUGCUACUGGCCAAAAAAGGAGGUUGGAGAUGGCAAGACGCAGACCAGGGAGGAGUGUAAAAACUACACCGGUUGAAUGGGAGAAGACUCUCGUGGUUGGUCCCCUAUUCCUGGAAGGGAAGCCUCAACCUGCAGUAUCUGAACAUCUGACUGCUGCAGAAGUGAAGCCAGCAGGCUCCUUUAUGCUGGUCCUGGGUUCAAUGCUGGUUGUAUUGGCUCUGACAUGUUCUGCUUUUCUUCUAUACCUCUUGUACAAGAAACCUCAGAUUUCUAAUUAAACUGACUGAAAUGUA